CGUUACCUCGUUUUGAUGACUUCACUUACAAACCCAAUCAUUCACUGGUUAAUUAAGCAAUCCGAUUCCAACCAAUCAGAAUUGUUUCUCUGUGACCAAAAAGUUAAACGAGGAAGGUAUAUAUAAAGCCAACUUUGGGAUGAAAUAACAUCAGUUUACUCAGAAAUACAUCUAAGAUGAAGGCUGCAUACAUUCUGUCGUUAUUUGCUACACUAUGUGUUGUCAGGGGACAGCAGUAUUUCUCCGGUGGCCUGAUAUCCGCCCCGUACAAUAGCUUUGAAUCGGUAGGAAAUUACAUGGGCGGAUCAAGAUUUGGACAAGGAUGGAUGGGAUCAAUAAAUAAUAUCCUCUCCGAAGUUGUGUCCGGAUUUGGAGCACCCCAAACUUUCAUCGGAAGCGGUUUCGGACAAAGUAUAUCGGGCGGCUUCGGUGAGGUUAUUCCCAUUGUUUCCGGAGGAUUUGGAGGAAUCAGUGCAGGUCCAGGAAUAACCGGUUUAAGUGGAAUAUCUGGUUUGGGAGGACUCGGUGAAAUAGGAGGAAUAAGCGGAAGAUUCACAUUUGGGGAGGGGAUCGAGGGAGGGAGAUUUCCGCCUGGGUCAUUCAUUGGACCAGCCCCAGACUUUUUAUCAGCUGAUAACUCUAAUGAUGUAAUUUCUCGAGGGGAUGUUUCGGGUUCAUGGGGGCGUGGUGAUAUGAUUGAUCCUGGAUUUUCACGAGGCAGAUCUGGCUCCUGGGGACAGACCGUGGAUCCCGGAUUCUCUUUUGGAUCCUCCAACUCUUGGGGUGGAAGCGGUGGAAUGAACUCCGGAUUUUCUCUAGGGUCCUCAAAUUCAUGGUCCCAAGGAGGCAUUGCAUCUUCGCCCAUCUAUUAAAUAAUUUAUAAAUGACUUAUGAUAUCCAGUUGUUUAUUGAA